AUGGCACGGAAGGGCUUGUUGACGACGCCUAAGGCGCAUAGGGCAUCAGACUGCGCCCGUGGAAGAGGACUCGAUGCUAGUGGCAUGGGCGGUGAUGGCUGUGUGGGAGUGGGUGACGCCUUGGCUGACAAGAGCUCGAGCGACCUCAAUUUUCUAUCUAGACUCCACAAGAGUUCAACAGACACUAGUAUUCCCUUGACAUUGACUUUGAUUCCAUCUUCGUUCUGUUUGUUGCCAGGCAAUCAUUCUGACAAACACAUUAUGGGGGAGGCUACUCGAGUCAUUGAGCUAGGCGAGGGGACUGUUGGAGAUAAUGGAUCGAAGGUGACUUCCAUAUCCAGCUCCAUUGACUGCGAUGAGGACAUUGCACAUAUUGUAUUUUCGUAUCGCUGGCUCCUGGAAUGUUGGCUCCCAAUGGGUGGAGAGUGA